GCUUAGGCUAUCUGUUAAACGACUAGAGAGUAGGACGCAAAAUAUAUAUAUAUAUAUAAUUAUUUAUAGGUGGUCUAAUUCCUUUAGCGGAUACAGCACCUUAGAGCUACACUAGGUGGCAAUAUGCACAAAUGUGCACGCAUUCCCCGCUAAAUACUAUAGCGAAGAAGAGCAUGAACAUGUACAAGGUGGGAGGCACAGUUGGCCUCUCGGGCGUCCUGGGCAUGAUGUCAGCAUCCGUGCUAGCUGCCAGUGACGGCGAGAAGCCCAGCGACAAUAUAAGUGUGGAUGAGCUUUCUCUCUACACGAUUCCCCAGCAAAACUUCAACUAUGUGGAGCCAGAAAAGGGACCGGUGGAGGACGGUGUAGCCAUGCUGAGGAAAAUGGCAGAGCCAUACACCACCUGGUGCCAGGGUGCCUAUGGAGCAGUAAAGCCCAAGGUGGACUAUGCACUUCAGUUUGGCCAAGACAGUUAUACAUAUUUGAAGAACCCUCCCUCACAGUUCUACCCCAGGGCAGGAAUCAUUGGUUUUGCUGGCAUCCUUGGCCUCUUCCUGGCAAGAGGUUCCAGGCUAAAGAAGCUGGUCUACCCAAUUGGUCUGAUGACUGUGGGAACUGCCAUGUACUAUCCACAAGAAGCAGCCAGCAUUGCAAAGGUGCGUAAAACUGGCAGUUCCGUGUAUGAGUGGACCCUACAUGCGUACAUUGCUGCAGAAAACCUGAUUAAAAGCAAGCCGGGCCCAAAAGCACAUGCAGAGAAGAUUGAGCAGGCAGAGGAGAAACCUUCCAGUGAGGAGACGAAAGCUUAGAUAUUGCAUCCUUUCUGGGUUGACAGGGUGAUGGCAUGCUGUAACCUGUGAGCUGGAGUGUUGAGGAUACAACCCAUAAUGCCUGAGCUCUCCCUCCUCCUCCUGUGAAUCUCCUGCCUUCUCUUUUAAUUUCUGCCGUUUGAACUUCUCCUUUGGUCACUUCCUUUGGCUCACCCUUUAGACCUGCUUAUACACUAACCACUCCUUCAGCAAAAGGGGAGUGGUUUGUCAAAAGUUCUGAACUUGGAAACUUCAAGAACUACCACAAUGGUAUUUUAAUGUAUAUUGAUGAUUAUUUUAAUGUAUAUUCAUGUACAAACUUGAAUAAAAUGGUCUAGAUUCCACA